AUGAAUGGCAACUCGAGCAGCAAUACACAGCAACCUUCGGCUGCACACUUGAUGACUCAAUACGACUAUGCCAAUGGAUCUAAUCCUGAUGUACUUCAAAGAAUUGAUGCCGGAGCAGGUAGAUUUAGAUAUUCCCUGUACUAUUUUGCUAAAAGACCUCUUGCAGCUCUGGGCUUUUACAGCUGUGCUGGAUCAUUCUUUGCUAUGGUCGCUAGUCUGAUAACAGGACAAAAUGCUCGUACUGUAAAGUUUUGGAGUACAAGUUUUAUAUUAUCUGCCGGUCUUGGAUUGUUAUCAAUUCAAUACUAUGCAAGCAAUCCUCCAACAUACAAAAAUUAUGGUGAUGAAGCCUUACAAAAAGGAGUCAAAAAGUAUACCGAAAUUAUGAAGAAGAAGCCAAAAUGGGAACAAAAUUAA